AUGCACACUCUCACCCCCCUUCCUUGGUCCACUUCCAUCUCUCUUGCCAAUCUAGAUAGCAAUAAGCUGCUCCAUCUCUUGCUGCAGUCAGUACCCUCUGCUCAGGCCAGACCAGAUCUACACGAGCUUGACCCAAACGAGGACGAGCUGUGGGACGAGUUGCGUGCGACACCCGCACCUCCCACUGCACUGCACUUUCCGCAUCUUGAUGCGACUCAAUAUCCUUUACAAUCGUUGUAUGGCAGAGAAAGUUUAAGCUUGGAGAAGCAGGGUAUGUUGGAAAAUAUUGGUGCGCUCUUCUACCCGUUCACGAGCCGCAGAAUGGAUCAAGAGGACGACUCAAUUACAAUUCAAUCCGAACACACACCUUCUCCAGCACCUAGCACAACAGCCGUCGAGAGCAAUGUUAAAGAAGAGUUGCAAGUGGAAUACAUGGUCAUUGCUGAACGAUGUGUUACUGUCCGCACCACCACUGCCGGCUCCGCUGCGAGUCAGGAGAAGGGGAAAGUCGGUCGUGCUCCGAGCAGACGCAAAGGAAGGAGCAGGGCUGCUGCUUCAGCCGGAAUUUUGACUAGCCCACCGGUCAUACUUCGCAGACGCACUCAAAAAAUAGGAAUGAGUGGGGUGAAGAGGCGAAAGAGAAGAAGAGCUAUGCCUGGGUUCAAGUGA